AUGGUUGGAAAGCUCCACAUCCCUUGGCACUACGUCGCUGCCUACGACGUCAAUGGACAACUUUAUGUAGACUCCGCAAACUUCACGAACUUUCUCCAAUUUGCCGAUUCGAUCCGCAAUCCAGCCCCCGUCAGACUGGCAGCACUGAUCACGUUGUUUACACCCCGCGUGACAUUCUUGGGAGUGGGGAUCGCUGGCCCUCGCAACAAGCCAUUGUUGUCAUCGAAGCCCUACAUUGCUGGUAAACUCGAUACCUGCGCAAAUCGCCGCGAGACAGCCUGA